AUGGUGUUCAAUGUUCUGGCAGGCCCGGGAAUAUAUCCAUUUUUGUCGACCACUGGUAAUGUUUCGGAUGAGUUUGUAACCGAGAUCACGCCAGCAGGAUGGACCUUCUCCAUUUGGUCAAUCAUUUACAUCUUUCUGGCUUUAGUGUUGCUCUACCUCUUCUCCGGCAUCUUUCGGAAGAACGUCUAUGGUUACGUCUACUGCAGCCCUGCUGUUUUGCCACACGGAUUUUACGUGGCUUGGUGCUUGAACCUGGGCUUCAACACUGGAUGGUUGUUCCUGUGGGACAGAAUGUUGAUUCCUGCUGCCCUGGCUUUCCUCAUCCUGAUCGCCUUGACUAACUACAUCCUGAUAUUCUUCUCCUGCUUUGGUCUCCAUAACUACGGAGCCUGGCUCAACAAAUACCACCAAGUAGACCUGUGGCUCCACCGUGUCUUGAUUCAAAAUGGAGUCGCCAUCUAUGCAACAUGGACAACCAUCGCAUCCCUCGUGAACCUGGCUGUUGUGCUGAAAUACAAUGCAAACAUGUCCCAGGCGGACGCCGCCACGGUCUCUCUCGCUGUUCUGACUGUACUGUUAUUUGUGUGGUUUAUGCUGGAAAACACUGUCCUCGACAAACACGUGAGGUUCAUUUUCACCAUUUACCCUGUUGUGAUCUGGGCGCUGACGGGGGUAGUCAUGAAAAACACUGCAGCUUCUACUCGCAAUAAUAUCUUCACUGAUGCCCUGUUGGCUGUAGCCUGUUUGUUUUGUGGCGCACGGGUAUUUUUGGUCACCUGGAAGCAAAUCAAACAGCCAUUUUACAAAGACUUCAACCUCGAGGUCCUGUCUCCGAUGGAGGUCGCUGAGAAGCAGAAGAAGAUAUUUAAGUGAUGCUGAGUGAAUAUUUUUUUCUGAUGAACCCUGGUGUUUGGAGCCACUGUCGUCUCUGUAUGAGAUCUACUUCUAAAUGCUUUGUGUAUGUUGUAAUUGAUGACUUUUGUUUUGCGUUGGGUGACACUGCUGAAAUUAAAAGAUGCUGAAGUAUACUCAUCCUGUGCUCUGACAUCCCUGACAGACACAAUUCAUGAUGCACUUCACCGUUAUUUUUCAUACAAAUGUGAAAUCGUUUCUGUUCAUGCAUUAUGAAUUUUCUUUUCGUUUGCCAUCCUGCAAAAAAUAAAUAUUUUGUUCCUCAA